ACUUUUGUCUUCUUCUCUCUUUCUUUGCAGUUUGCAUACAUGCAAUCCUAUUUAAGGUCUUCAACAAUAUAUGGUGGGUGAUGCAUAGACAGAGACAAAAUCAUAAGCCACACUCAGGGUCAAGCCAAGAUGGAGAUAUUGUCACAGAUGUGGUCUUUCUUAGGCCUCCUCACUGUACUCCAAAACGUCUUGCCAUCCCAAAUUCUGUCACUUCUCCACUCCUUCUACGAGUCCCUUCAAGACUUCUUCUCCCCAUUCGCCUACUUCGAGAUCCCUGAAUUCAACGACUACUGCGGCGUCGACGUCAAUGACCUCUACCGCCAUGUCAACCUCUACCUCAACUCUGUCAACCCUGCCACCACCUGCCGCCGCUUCACCCUCUCGCGCUCCAAAUCCUCCAACCGCAUCUCCUUCACCGUCGCUCCUAAUCACACAGUCCAUGACUCCUUCAAUGGUCACACUCUCUCCUGGACCCACCACGUGGAGACGGUUCAGGACUCUCUGGACGAGAGGAGAAGCUUCUCCCUCAAGCUCCCCAAGCGCCACCGCCAGGCCCUCCUCUCGCCCUACCUCGAGCUCGUCACCUCUCGCGCUGAGGAGUUUGAGCGAGUCUCUCGCGAGCGAAGGCUCUUCACCAACAAUGGUCAUGGCUCCUACGAGUCCGGCUGGGUGUCCGUCCCAUUCCGCCACCCCUCCACCUUUGAAACCCUCGCGCUGGAGCCGCAGCUCCGGCAACAGAUAACGGACGACCUGACCGCGUUCGCCAACGGGAAGGAGUUCUACCAUAGGGUGGGACGCGCAUGGAAACGUGGGUAUUUGCUAUACGGACCGCCUGGGUCCGGCAAAUCGAGUUUGAUCGCAGCAAUGGCGAAUUACCUCUGCUACGACGUUUACGACCUGGAGCUCACCAAAGUCUCCGACAACUCCGAGCUCAGAGCACUUCUGAUACAGACCACUAACCGCUCCAUCAUCGUCAUCGAGGACAUCGACUGCUCAGUCGAUCUAACGGCGGACAGGCUGUCAAAGACGAAGAGAACGACACCGGCGAAAGGGUCCAGCAGAGACGAGGGUGAGGAGAACGGGCGGGUGACGUUGUCGGGGCUGUUGAAUUUCACCGACGGACUGUGGUCGUGUUGUGGGGAGGAGAGGAUCAUCGUCUUCACCACCAACCACAGGGACAAUGUUGACCCAGCGCUCGUUAGAUGCGGCCGGAUGGACGUUCACGUUAGCCUCGGCACCUGCGGCAUACACGCCUUUAAGGCCUUGGCCGCCAACUACCUGGGCUUGGAGUCCCACCCUCUGUUCGACGUCGUGGAGAGCUGUAUAAGGUCCGGCGGGACACUCACGCCAGCACAAGUUGGAGAAAUACUACUGAGGAAUAGAAGAGACGCUGAAGUGGCAAUCAAGGCGGUGAUAUCGGCAAUGCAGGCAAGGAUUUUGGGAGCCGAAAGGGAACCCAUAGAGUAUGAGGAGAUGGCGAAGUCGCCGGAGAGCGUGGAGAGGGGGCUGAUGGAGUCGCCGGAGAAUUGGGAGACGUCGUCGCCAGGGAAAUACGUGAGGAAGAAGAGGAAGGAGGGGGGUUCAGUUACAGGUUCAGGAAGUAGCUGGGAGAAGAAAGUCAAAUUCUUGGUGAGACUGAGAUCUUUGACCAAGUCUGACUCUGGAAGAAGGGGUUGUUAAUUGAAAGGUCAAAAUUUUGGGAUUGAAUUAGAUGUAAUUUUGUAGUUUCUUCCUUAAUUAAUAACUAAUUUAAGCUUUCGAUUAGUUAGUGA